GAUAAAACCACGUAGAAUUUUUGGACAAUUUGCAAGCUAUAUGCACCUGUCCGAUUUCUGCCAGGUGAGGUUGCAAAUCUUAAACGUAUCCCUGAAUUUUAAUUCCCUACAAGCACCAACCAUUAAUAGCCCAUAAACAGGCUCAGUGUUGCCUCGUCUACAAACCUACUAUCUGCAUCACGCCCGUUACAUUCCGAGGAAACCUCUACGGUCAUUCUUAUUCAGAACGAACACUGCAAGCAAAGAAAGGAGCAAAAUCAAAAUGCCAAGAGCUUUUCUCGUGCGAACGAAGCCUGCUGUAAUUUCCAGCGAUGUUUCUCCGCAGGGUGUUGAGACAGGAAAGGAGCAAGGUAAAUACAGUACUGAACAGGUUGUGAUUUUCUAGGGUUCGGCUUCUUGUAAUGAUUUGCGCACUUCACAGUUAACUUCUCCUGGUACCUGUUUAAAGUUACGCAUCAUAGAUCUCAUUUUCCCUAACUCAUCAGAGCAGAUUUGGCGCUCUUCUGUGAUUAACACGCAAAUUUGCUAAAGAGAAAAGAGAAUUUUAAAUCUUGUCUAUUUAAUUAUGAUCCGCAGUUGAUUUAUUUUGUAUAUGUUUAGAUUCAAUAAUGUGCCUACUUGGUUUUGUCUGUUGUUUAGAAAAGCAAAACAGUUCUCUGCCCGAAACUGAAACCCCCGGGUUAUCGCCGACAAAGACUGAUGAAGAUGCGAUCGCUGCGCAAGAAAUUUCUGAAAAUGGCUGCGAUUCUGAUGCUACUUCAAAUAGCGAGACAGAAUCGGAAGGUAACUUCAACUUAUUUUUUUCAGUAUAUUUUAUGAGCUGGUAUCUUAUUUAGCUGAUCUUUUAAAACCCUAAGACAAAAUAAUUUUAGGGUAGCCUGUUAUAAAAGACAAUCACAGCGUUUAACUUAAGGCUACUCAACUAAAUUCAAACAUCUGGGUAAUUUACACUAAAGAAAUAUCUGUAAACGGUUCAAGCUCUAUAUGACGCGCGAUCCAUGCUCUAAUUUUAUCGAUUUAGUUUAGGACACGCGAGAAUACUUUGGCAAACUCGCCUUUUGAUUUUUAGCCCAAAAUUUUGUUUACCAUUUACCGGUGGCAAUCUUCGUUCUUUGUCAAACUGCAACUAGUUGUGUUGAAAUGUCUCAAGUUACCUUUUCCAGAACUAUUUUUAAUUAAAUUUUCAACUCCCCACGAAAGUGAAAACUCACAGUUUCCGAAAAGACCAUUAGCUGACGCAUUAAAUCCAAGCUAAAAUCACCAUUUUCAUUUUACUUUCAUUGAAUUAAAAACUGAUUUGCCCGUUUAAUAAAAUGUUUGAAACGUCAUAUUUAAAUUGGAUUCCAACAUUGCUCACCCAGCGCGAUUUCAUAUUUAAUUAAGAUAAACAGAGGCCCGCUAAAUGCAACAUGUUUGUGAAGAGCUAUUAUAAUCGAUUCUUAAGACUGGGAUAAUAAAGUUUUAACUUUCAAUACUCGAUGACGAUUAUCAUCGUGGGAACUUCCAUUCUAGGAAAUAAGGGAAGGGGAAAAAAAGGGCAAUACAAUUCUGCUAAAAAAGGUUUAAAAUAAUGGCACCUCCCCUUUGGGGGUAACCUUGGCGUUUUUGGCCUUGGAAAAGAAAUUAAAGAAAUUUUGAAAUAAAACCUGUUAGACGGCUGGAAAUGUAUCAUUUUGAAGAUGAUUUUAAUUAGCAACUUCAUCUCAAUUGACCACACCUUUUUGAGGCGUUAAAACCCCAUUUUCUACUUUUCCCCCUUCCAUUCGCUUUUAUUUUUCUUCUGGACUUUUGCUGAUAUCCGUUUUCCUAAUCCGCGAGUUUUUCAGUUCAAUUAACAAAAACUGACUAACUCUGUGCUUUCCUAAAUAAGAAUCUGCUGGGUGUCCUAUUUUUUAGAACACCCUUCUGCAAAACACCUUAGGCUUCAAACAUAAGACUAUAUUUUGAGUAUACAAAUCUAAAUUCCGCUCUUUUUUUUCUUAAUCAUGAAAUUGGCACACAAACAUGUACUACCUUACUGGACGCUUGACAAUUUCUUACAGAUUCCUUCGAUAUCUUUACGGUGGCGGAAUAUAUGAUAAUGACAAGGAACUUAACUUAAAUGUUAACCAAACAAAAUACACAGAAAAAUGGGAGCCUCAAGACGGGAAAACGUAAAAAUAACAACAAAUUGAGGACCACUCAGUGAUGGACGAGUUCCCAAAGCCCACCAGAAAUAAAUUUAUGUCGAGUUAGAAAUAUUUGCUAUUGGUGGUUUCAAAAUUUUUCAACUCGAAGUACAAAAACUGGAGUCAUUCUUGCUCUAAUGGCUGUUUACACUAUAAAACGAGGUUUUGAAAGGUAGAACGAUAAAAAUGGUCAAACUGUUAGCAAAUAGUGCUCAAUAAUAGCUCGCACCAUCAAUACAGGUCAGUCAUUUGACUUGCAUUGGCAUUAAGUGUGUGUAUAAAAUGUGAAUCUGAUUCUAUCAACACAUCUCCAUGCACACAAAAGUACAAGAAAAAGCACUCACACAAAGCAGUGAUAGCUUUAGAAGCGCUCCUGUGUAGUAGCCCAAAAGUCUUAAAAUGAUUCCGAAAAAUCCCCUGAGCAUUCCACUUGAAAGAGAACAUUUCGGACAUUGCGUUUCACAACAUCUUACAGCAAAAAACGGAAUAAAUUGGUUUAAAUUUUUAUUAAAUCACAGGGACAUUUCUUAGGCUGAAAACAUUAGCAUGUCACAUAUACACUAAUACUUAAGACCCAAGAAAUGAUAUUUUACAUCUCCUAAAAUUGAAAGGGUAUUUAUCAAAAAUCCGUGACGUUUUUUGGAGACCUUAUGGUUCCUAUCCAACUAAUGCUUUUUUACCCUUUAAUCUAGGACUGAAAAUGAGAGCGAAACCUUCUUGUCUUUUAAAUAGCAAAUACUAAAUUUUUAGAGCUCACUGUUUGAUUCUUUACAAUUUAUUGGGCUUUUUUUAGCCUCUAGACCAUAGCUGGGGGUGGAUUAAAUUCACAAUGAAAAACCGCAUUGCUCUUAGUUACUAGAAUUUAGUAAGGGAAACUUAAAUUCUUGGCAAACAACCCCUUACCGCCAUUAUAUGCUACGCGUUUUUUUUGCAUUUGCCAAUAUAUCUAUUGGCUUCAUUAGUUUAGAAAAUAACUUUACUAAUGGUCAGAUACGUAACAACAAAAGAUUGCUAGCUCUGUAUAUAUUCCAAAAAAUUGCUAAAAAAAACAUUUAGUGGCUGCAGUGGUUUAUUUUAGUGGAUGUUUUGUUAGUAACUCUCUCCACAAUUCUAUCUGUACUGAUUUUCAAAGCGAUAUUUCGUACCUUCUUGAUUGAAACAAUCAAUUUAAAUUGCAGAUUUUUCUCUUUUUUCUCAUUCCUUCCUUUUCUCAAUUUCAGAGCAAUCACAUUCUUGACUUAUCAAGUCCCGAAGUAAACAUCUGAAGGCGUUAAAUUCACGAUUUAUCUUUUGUUCUUUUUUUCAGCGCAAUGUUUUCUUCGUGCGGCGGCGUUUUCUUUGUACCAAGCGUGCUUUAUAGAUAAACUGGCUCGUUGCCACCAUUGUAUACCACGCUGUUUUACCAAUUCAGUUACAGAUUUAGUGUUAUAUUUCUAAAGCUAUGCCUCUCUAGGAGGCAUUUCUCAACAAACUUGAUUUUUGUCCUUAAUAACGUGACCUUGCUCUGACAAGAACUUGGAAGCAGUCUUUUACAUAAUUGCCAGUAAGUCGGAUAAACCUCCUGAUUUUUAUUAAAUCUGGCAGAACUGAAAAAAAACUCAUCUUUAUAGAAAAUUUAUGACGGCUCCUGUCUUUAUUGAAUAUAUAAUAUUAAGCAGGAUUGUUGGUGAUGUUUUUCAAAAACUAAACGUGAUUAUGAAAGUCUACAAAGAGUUACUUUUCCUGGGAAAUUUUAAAACAAGUCUGCCGUUCUAACCUGCCGAAUUGGGCUGAUAAUGUAAUGGCUUUCAAUAUAAGGCUUCUUUAAUGUCACGCCUACGACACAAAAACUACAAUAAAUAGAUUGAUAACUUUCAGCGUAAUUAGGCAUCGAUGGAAAAGAAAAAAGUUCAUCGGAAUUUUAAUGUCAAAAGAACUUGAAUCGUGAUGAAAUGCUACUUUGAGCUAACCUGAAACUCUCUGUGCUGAGAGAUUUUCCGGAGAUUUUCACGAUUUGCUGAACACAUUUUAAAUUUGCAAACAAACAUCAUAGGACACUUUUUUAAUUCAUUUUAGCACCUGUUCUCGUUUUAACUGUGUACAUGCUUAAAUGCAUCCGGUAAAAGACUCAAAAUCUAAAAAGGCACUUUGUUGCCAAUUUUUAGUUUAAAAUUUAUUGUGUUGGCAGGUUACAGUUCUUUUAUUUUAAUGAUUUUUAUUUUAUAGUUUCUCAAUAGUACCUAUACGAAACCACACUGAUUUCGGCUCCUGACUGCACGAAAAGAGAAUUAUUAACUUGAAACCUGUCGGCUCUGUUUGUUUAGAAAUCAUCCCGAACAUACCUAAGUUUUACGUUUAAUUAACAGCUUCGAACUUCAUCACGGUUCAAGUGGGUCUUCACAGUCAGCAGGCAAUUGAACGAAAGUAUUACAAGACAAAAAAAAAACUAAAUUUCUGCUUUGAGUCAGCAUGUUGCUUCUUAAAAAUACUCUGAUUCUCUAGUUAAAUUAAAUUUAUAAUUAAACAUUCUAAUAAAAUAUUUUGUACUCGUGAAAAAUUAGACUCAGAUCUUAUACAUAAAAUCUCGAGAAGAGUUCAAAGAACUUCAAUAAAUGAAAUGUUUUUUAAGAAUUGCAAAUCUCCACCUGGUUUACAGAUGGCUGUUAGAACCGAAACAGUUAACCGAGAGAUCUGUGUGGAAUUGCCAUCAAAGACGUGAUGUUUUUAGCACUUGGUUUUAGAAAUGCGCCUGGAAAGUUUUCCCUGAGUGUAUUAUACCAAAAUACAAUUGAAUGAAUGAGGACUGGCAUAGUCAUCUUAAUUGUCAGGAGGCGUGGAAGCUUUUUUAACGCAACAUUUCUCAGGGCAAAACUACUUUGAAUGAAAAGAAAUGUACCAAAAACUUCUUAAAGCUGAAAACUGAUAGAAUUUGGAAAAGAAACGUUUCCAAAUCUUAAAACUGUUAAUUACAUUUAUUUUACGGAGAAGGGCCGAAAAUUGGGAAAGAUUUUUCAUCAUAUAGACUCCAUCAGCCCUUAUCAGUUAUUUGUCAUGGGUAACCAUCUAGGUUUCUCGUUAUCUGGAUUUCGGAAGACCAAGGCCACGCAUAUAUCCUCGUGGAUUUCUAAAUUGCUUGCCAAGUACACAGACUGAAUUAUGUGGAUAAUAAUCAUACAUUGGUUUAAGGAGAGCCAGGUAAUUUUGCCUUCAUCAUUGGGACUAUGUACAUGAGGCAAAAAAAUAAACCGAUUUCUUUGGCAAAACGCGCAAAUUUGGGAAAGUUGUAGAUCUGCCAAGUUUACAACACCCUAGAAAUGAGUGAACAACUCCGGCAAUAUUGCUUCCUCAUUGAGAUUUUCAAGAGAUCGUGCUAAUGAGUAGCACGCCGAUUUUAAGUAACGGAUAAUGCUUUUCAAAUGGUAAACCCGAUGAAACUGAGCCCAAUACCGAAGCAGAAGCUACUAAUGGAUACACCGGCCCUACAAGCAAAUACUUUUGCAAGUAAAGUUUCACAUUCACAUUCUCGAUGAAUAGCUAUUCUCAAGCCUUUAAAACAACAACGGACUGUUAAACGCUUUUGUCCUACCCAAUCACGUGAAAGUAUAUUUGCGUAACAUCUCUGUUAAAUCUAUGUAACCACACCCUAGGUUUCUAUUGUUUUGUCAAAUAGAACAUAACUGCGUUAUUUUAGUUCAAUCUUGUAUAGCUCAACGAUGCCGAAAUCAUUUCUCAUAAAGCCGUGCGUAUCGUCAAUUAAGUUAGAAAUCGAUGGUGGACAUGGGAAGAAAAAAAUCGGUACGUUUAAAUAUGUUUUGCUCUUACAAUUCAAAUAUUUAUGAUCGAGAAGAGCACUUAAAACUUACUCUAGUGGAUAAAAUCCAAGCAAAGCCUAAAUGAAAAUAUUUACAUUAGAUUUAGUACAAGAAUAUCACCGAAAAAGAGAUCUCUCUGCUAAUAACGUAUUCAAGUUUAUCACUGCAAUAAGAAAGAUUUCUGGGAAGAUUCACUAGACAGUCGCAUCUUCACUUACUUUACCAACUCUUUUAAAGGCAUUUUAACUCUGGUGCUUUAUUUCAAAUAUUGAUUCAGCUCAACAGAGCCAUUUUAUAUCAGAACGAUUUAAAAGAAGACAGGAGAAUUUUAGACGAAUUCGCAAGUAUUCGAAAAAGCUAUGCAUGCUUAACUUACCAAUCAUCAUCUUUUGAAACACUGCAAAGUCAUUUUAUGCAAAGUUCAAAUUAGAGAAUUACUAUGGCAAUCCAGGUGGUCGAUUGACUUGAUUUUCAUAUGGACUUCAGAGUUUCUCCAGGUGUAAAAUUUUUUAUUCAAUUAUCCUCGUUUUGCUACAUUUUAUGAAAGGAAAGGUUGAGUACGUAAUUUACGACAACAGGUUUUCUCUAAAGAAUAAUUAAACUUACCAGCAUUAUUAAUUCUAAAAACUGAUGGGACGGAGAUUAAAAUGUGUUUAGUUUCUAUUGUUGUGAAUUUGAAAAUGGAGAAUUUUAUUCCAGAUGUAGGCAGCUCUACAGGAUUGGAAACAAAGUUUUGGAUAGGCAAGCCAAUUGUUUUCCUGGGGUUGACGCAAGAUUGCCCAGUCUGAGCCGUUCAAUAAAAGAACGAUACUGACGUACAAAAAUUGCUAUAUAGAUAGGUAUACAGUCAACAUUUCCGUCCAAUUAACAACAGUGGAAAAGAAACUUCUAAACGCAAAAGAGCUGUUAAUUUUAAUUUGCUUUUACUUAUUUCGUCUAGUAUCUGUGUUAUCCGUCUUCGAACUAUAGAAUACACUCUGAGGACUCGUAAAGGAAGCUAUCUAAAUCACAAUUAUUAUCCACAACCUUGGUGGUUAGGUUAUUGAAGACGUGUUCAUCAUAUUUCAGUAAAUGUUUCUGCCAGGAAUAAAAGCUUGGAAUUAUUACAUACCUUUUUGACGAGCAUAUCGAUCCUUUUGACGCCAAACAAGGCCUUUUAAAUCCAACUGAUGAUUUCAUUUUGAAAAACGAGUGAAGGCUCGAUUUAAACUUGAAACAUAUACUUAUUGUAUUCAUUUGUCCGCGCCGAGGUAAAUCAUUCGGCGAUAGUUUUCACCUGUAAUUUAGACUGAGUUUGAACACCAGAAAUCUGAAAUGAAUCUUACAAUUAUUAGUUUCGUAUCCGUCAGCAUCGCUGACAGAAUUCUUUUCAAAGAUAAGUGGUACCUGUUAAUGGGGGCGAACCAGAGUGUUGAGGGAACGGGUGAACGAAUACAUGAAUUCCUGACAAAUACUGAGGCGUUAUAUUACAGAUAUAUAAUUUUUAAGGUUUAGUGAGAGUUUUGAAAGAACGGAUGAACGAAUACAUGUCCUCCUAACAAAUACAGGAGUUAUAUUACAGAUAUGCAUAUAUUGUUUAAGGUUUAGUGGUUAAGAAGUAAAAAAAUACGGCAAAGAAAAGAUACCAGAUUUUGACUGACUUCGCUGUAAAAUUCUAAUUAUUAUCAGAUUUCCUUUAGCUAAUAGUUAUCUUCUGGGAGUUGGACGUAGUAUUCAGUUGAAGAUGACUUUUGAAAAGGGUUUUGAGUUUAUUUCCUGUUUUUCACUGCGCAAUUCAUCUUUUGUGGGAUACCUCAUACAUUUUGGAAGAAGGAGAAUUCUAACUCCAGAAAACUCAGAUAAAAUUCUGAACUCUAGGAGAGAAUCGAACUCACAACCAUGCGAGUUCUACUGAUGCUCCAAGUACUGAGCUAGUGGAGGCUCUAAGGCGAGCAGAGUCGAAAUUUGAUUAUAAAUAACAACCCGACACCAGUCAUACUUCAAAAUGGCGUCAAUUAGUACUAAUCACGCAUGCGUUACUUGUUCCAGCCUUCAGAGCCUGGAUUCAAAACAUAAACAAAACUCGUGCGUGACUCCAGUGCACCAAAGUUCUCGUGUCGGAAUACUUCAAAAGGAUUAAAGUUAACGCGAUUCAAACUAUCUUGCUUCAUUUCCUUAUAAUGCCAAAAACCAUAUAUUACAAUGACGCAUUGUUUUUCUCCUGUACUCUGACAAUUGCUCGUAAAUAUCAAUGAUAACCGGCCUUAAAAAUAUUUCGAACCUGCAACGAUUUUCUGUAAUAAAUACAGAGCCUCAAAUGCUGACAUAACAAUGGCAAUUGAUCAAUCAUUUUUUGAGUGUGAGUCUCAAUAACAUGUAGUUUAUGCUGUGGUCUAUUCUCUAAAGAAAUCUUUGGACAAAGUUUUUACACUUAAUGACUUAUCCACCUCAGACUUUAAAUCAAAUGCAGUCUUACGAUUUUAACAAGAUUCGGCAUCUUAUCCUAAUAGACCUUAAAUUUUAUUUUAAUGCAGUCGGCCCCAAAAUGAGAAAAGAAUUAUCGUUUUAGUUAAAUAUACACCGCUAGAAAAAUCAGUAACGAAGACUGGUCGUGGGGGACUGAACUGCAUCUAUGCCGUUCGGUAUCUAUGAGCUAGCAAGAACAAGAGCUGCGUCAAAUUAGCUUCAGACGCAUGUUCAAGUUUUAUCCCAGAAACCGGUAUGUUAAAGCUACACCCUGUGACUUCAAGGUAGACGACUGCGUGCGUGAUCCAGGUUAUUAAAACUUUGUAUAGCGCUUUCCACUGGAUAAAUUACCAUCCUGCGGAAAAUUAUUAGAGGAGCAAAUUGUUUUAUCCACUGUUUUUUUGUCUGAGUGGGUGGCACUAUCCGACAUUUCAACAACCGGAGCUUGGUGAUAAGACAAUCUUUGAAUUGGCGGGUAACAAGUCGCGUUUUGGAUCACUUCGUUGCUCCGAUUUCAUCUCCCCGGCCUCCGGGCUCAAAAACUAACAUAUUCAAUUCAAUCCGGGAUGUUAGAGGAAGAACCACUAAAUCGACAACUAAAUCGUUUUUACUUAUCGAAUUGUCAUUUAUUCAAUUAUUCUAGAUCUCUAAUUUUAAAGUCUGAAUGUUUCUCCUUUACUGUAGAUGAAAGUGAUAGCAAUGAACAUGGGCAGGAUUUGGAGCAAAACAACGUCGCCAACUAUGAGUCGUUUACAGCAACAGACAUAAAGAAAGCAUCACAAGAUAGAUGGCCUUUUGCUACAACUGGUAUGAUUUCUUGCAUAAUAAUAAAAAGAUGGUAAAGGUUUAACCUUGGAAGGCGAACGAUCUAUUAUAAAUUAAUGAUAAAAAUAAUUCCGUUCUUCUGACCCUCGGCAGUAUGAAUAUCACUAAUGCUAGUGGGCCCGAGCCAGUGCCGUCUGAAACAAAUCAAUCUUAACAGGGUUAAGAAUCCCAACUGGCCGAAGGCAAACAAGCUGGCUAUUUACAAGCGUAGUAGAGGAUAUGAACUCGGGACUGCCGUGAACAAAUCCAGCUAGGGGUUAGAGCGGGACUUGAACUCGAGGCCUCCGAAUCCUUGCAAGUCCAGCGAUCUAACCACUCGGUCACGCUGCCUCCUAGGUUUUUCAUUCCCACGCUUCUGAUGUAAAAUUAAGGCCAUGCGUGCUAUUUUCACACCAUACCGGAUAGUUUUUCAUGACGAAACGAACACUUAUCCCAUACGUGACUCUCUGCUUUAGAGAUCAACGAGGUGCAGCUUCGCUCCGUUAAGAAUCGCGCCGAAAUCACAGUUCUUAUGCGUGAACAGAAGCUCUAUCCGGCAUGGUUUUCCUGCCGGCGCCAAAGCUAUCCGAUAUACUGUGAACAUACCCUUAUUGUCUAAUUAAAAAUAAAAAACCGUGAAAGCAGCAGUCACUAAGAAUCAUUAAUACGGUAACUGGUUAACAUUAGUACUUCAAUAGCAGAUAAUAAGAAGCGCGGGGGGGUGGGGGAAACCUUAAUGGAUAUUAGCAUUUUUGUGAAACAGAUUGAAAACAGAGAACACUUAGAAAUCUCAAGUAUUCUCAGCCAAAAGCCAAAUUAAUCUAAAGUUUAUAUUUGGAAUUUUAGAUCUGGCAUUACCGAAUCCAGUCGACCAAGGGCUGCGAUAUCUACCAGCUCCUCCGUCUCCUAUAGAGCAGCAACGUUCUUUCUGGAAAGCACCUACUUUUUCUCUCUGGAAUUGCCUUCAACAACCCCAUAGCGGAGCAGAAUCCUUUGCGCGCUGGAUGCGCCAGUGGGCGGAGAUGAGGCGCCUUCAAAGUAAUUCCCCAUUUAGCCUGCCAGGGGCGUAUCGAUUAUACAAUGUAAUAAUUCCGCAAGGAGAAAGACCUGCCAGCCUAAAGACGACUCAGUCUGAUGAAGAGUUUCAAACAGAAAAUGGUGAGGAAAACAUAGAAGGUCUGAGAAAUGAGCGUAAGGCAAAGGGAGCGAAACAACUCUAUAACUGUCAGAUUUGUGAUAAAGUUUUUAAUAAUUCCAUCAGCUUGAAGCAACACAUGAUAGUACACUCAAACAAGAAACCAUUCCAAUGCAAGGCGUGUGGAAAGAGCUUCAAGCGAUCCUCCACUCUGUCUACGCACAUGUUAAUUCAUUCCGACACGCGUCCUUUCGAGUGCCAGUUUUGCAGCAAGAGAUUCCAUCAGAAGUCCGAUAUGAAGAAACACACUUACAUUCACACAGGGGAAAAGCCUCAUCAGUGUAGCUUUUGUGGCAAGUCGUUCAGCCAGUCAUCCAAUCUAAUCACGCACUGCCGUAAGCAUAAGGGGUUCAAGCCAUUCUCGUGUGAAGACUGCGGAAUAUCGUUUAUGCGGAAAGUGGAUUUAAGGAGACAUAGAUAUACACAUGAGACAUUCGAGUAGGUUCCUUAGGCUCUNAAAGCCAAAUUAAUCUAAAGUUUAUAUUUGGAAUUUUAGAUCUGGCAUUACCGAAUCCAGUCGACCAAGGGCUGCGAUAUCUACCAGCUCCUCCGUCUCCUAUAGAGCAGCAACGUUCUUUCUGGAAAGCACCUACUUUUUCUCUCUGGAAUUGCCUUCAACAACCCCAUAGCGGAGCAGAAUCCUUUGCGCGCUGGAUGCGCCAGUGGGCGGAGAUGAGGCGCCUUCAAAGUAAUUCCCCAUUUAGCCUGCCAGGGGCGUAUCGAUUAUACAAUGUAAUAAUUCCGCAAGGAGAAAGACCUGCCAGCCUAAAGACGACUCAGUCUGAUGAAGAGUUUCAAACAGAAAAUGGUGAGGAAAACAUAGAAGGUCUGAGAAAUGAGCGUAAGGCAAAGGGAGCGAAACAACUCUAUAACUGUCAGAUUUGUGAUAAAGUUUUUAAUAAUUCCAUCAGCUUGAAGCAACACAUGAUAGUACACUCAAACAAGAAACCAUUCCAAUGCAAGGCGUGUGGAAAGAGCUUCAAGCGAUCCUCCACUCUGUCUACGCACAUGUUAAUUCAUUCCGACACGCGUCCUUUCGAGUGCCAGUUUUGCAGCAAGAGAUUCCAUCAGAAGUCCGAUAUGAAGAAACACACUUACAUUCACACAGGGGAAAAGCCUCAUCAGUGUAGCUUUUGUGGCAAGUCGUUCAGCCAGUCAUCCAAUCUAAUCACGCACUGCCGUAAGCAUAAGGGGUUCAAGCCAUUCUCGUGUGAAGACUGCGGAAUAUCGUUUAUGCGGAAAGUGGAUUUAAGGAGACAUAGAUAUACACAUGAGACAUUCGAGUAGGUUCCUUAGGCUCUGUCCACAUGAAUCAGGACAUUUGGAAAUAACCUAGUUUUAAGCCGGAUCCGUGUGGACGAAACCGCAAACCACUCUGGAGAUGUAUUUACAAAAGAUGCCCACUCUUGUGGACGAAACCUUAAAAAGCCCUUCGAAAACAUUCUCAUCAUGAAUACUUUUUACGCACUGCUCAGCCUCACCUGGGUGCUAUUGUUCCAAGGCCCAUUGUUGGAAUAUCACGAAGGAACUCAGAAUUAGUGUGGGAAAACUAAAGGCGCUUUCCAAAAGUCAAAACUGGCCGGCUGGACCAUGGUCAGACCUACCAGA